AUGGCUCGAAGGUCUCAGCUAGAAGACGCCAUCACGGCAACGCUGUCGAAACGGCAGAGUCAGUCCACACUGCGAAGACUCACGACCAACCCGCCGGAGAGUGUCGACUUCUCCUCGAACGACUUCCUCUCGCUUGCAACCUCGAAGGAUCUUCGCCAUGCAUUUCUCCAGGAGCUGCAUUCCGACCCCGCCCUAUCCUCCCAUCUUGGCAGUGGAGGAUCACGAUUACUGGACGGGAACUCCAACUACGCAGAGAAACUCGAAAAGGAUAUUGCAGCUUUUCAUAAUGCUGAGACUGGACUUUUGUGCAAUUCUGGAUUCGAUGCCAACGUUGGGUUGUUCUCCUGUCUGCCGCAGAGGGGGGAUGUUAUCGUGUACGAUGAGUUCAUUCACGCGAGUGUUCACGAUGGGAUGAAGUCGUCAAGGGCUGCGAAGAAGGUGUUCUUCCAGCACAACAGUGUUAGUGCGCUGAAACAGGUGUUGAAGCAGUGCACCGCCGAAGACGAGCAAAUCCGAGCUGGGAAGAGGAAUGUCUUCAUCGCCGUUGAAGCUGUCUAUAGCAUGGACGGCGAUGUUGCACCACUCCAGCAAAUCGUAGCAUUGAUCAAGAACUUAUUGCCCAAAGGGAACGGCCAUCUGAUCGUUGACGAAGCCCAUUCGAACGGUGUUUUUGGUCCAAAAGGAAGAGGCCUCGUUUGCCAGCUGGGCCUUGAGAAGGAAGUGACUGUUCGACUGCACACUUUCGGCAAGGCUCUAGCAUGUAAUGGUGCCAUCCUCCUUUGCAGUCCGGCGAUCCGAGAGUACCUGGUGAACUACGCGCGACCGAUGAUAUACACAACCUUCAUGUCCUAUCCGGCCUUGGCAGCUAUAAGGGCAUCGUAUGACUGGCUGAUGAGCGGGAAGACGGAGGCAUUGGCGAGAAACCUUCAAUUGCUGAUUCAGACGUUACACGAACGUCUGCUGGAUAUGCAGGCUUCGCUGCACCUACCACCGGCAUACGAGCAUUUGGUGAGGAGCCCGAUCGCAUGCCCAGAGACUCCCAUAUUUGCAGUACUUUCAUCCGAGCCGAAAGUCCUGGCUGCACACUGCCAACGGCUUGGGUUCGUUGUCCGUGGGAUCAUGUCGCCGACCGUACCUGAAGGAACCGAGAGAGUGAGGGUGUGUCUGCACGCUGGCAACACAGUAGAGCAGAUUGACGGCCUGGUCCACACCAUUCGCAUCUGGGUGCAGAGGAGGGUUCGCGAGCUGGAUGGACCCAUAGAAUCAAGACCACGAUUGUGA